AUGGAUUCUUUUGGUGGCUUUAGUGGGGAAGGGGAAUGGGAUCUGUGCAGCUCAAUUUUAUCAUUGGAAGACUUUGAUUUUACGCCAAUUUAUAAUGUUAUUCCUCAGCCCGAUGCAGCUUGGUUUUAUUCUAAUUUGCCUUCUUGUCAUGUUGGUAAUGAUAUCGAUCAAUUUCCUUGUAAUAUUAUUGCUGCUGAUCAUCAUCAUCUUCAUCAUUAUGAUCAAGAGAAUAAGAUCAUGGACUCCAUUUUCUCGGCCUCUACUACUGAGAUCUUGAUGCAAGAAAUCACUGGCUUUUCUAGUGAAGAUAAAUUUGUUAACAUGGAUGUUCAAACCCGCCUAGGGGAUGAUGAUGAUGAUGAUAAUAAUGCUACAAAUUCUGCCAAUGCAUUAUUCCAACACAAAAGGAAAUCCAUUGUCGUCGCUGAUGAUCACGAUCACAACAAGCUCAUCAACCCCAAUAAAAAAAGUCGUACUUCGAACAAUGUGCAGAAGAGUAGGAAAAGUAGAGAGUUGAGUGAUAAUACUAAGAGCAAUGGCAUAAAAGUGAGCCCUACACGGCGGCGCAAAUGUGAAGAAAAAGAGGAAAACGGAGCUGGGUCGUGUGAUAUGAACAGUUGCAGCAGCGAUGACUCAUCAGAAGAUGACAAUGCUUCACAACAUACAAAUGCCGAACCACCAAAACCCAAAACAAGAGCCAUCAGAGGCUCAGCUACUGAUCCACAGAGCCUUUACGCAAGGAAGAGAAGAGAGAGAAUCAAUGAGCGGCUUAGAAUUCUGCAGAAACUUGUCCCUAAUGGAACAAAGGUUGACAUUAGCACAAUGCUUGAGGAAGCAGUUCAUUACGUAAAAUUUCUGCAGCUUCAAAUAAAGCUUUUGAGCUCUGAUGAGUUGUGGAUGUAUGCUCCAAUUGCUUACAAUGGGAUGGAUAUUGGUCUGCAGCAGAAGCUUUCUUCAAUUUUAUGACCAAAUUAAUCAAAAUUAAAUUAAAAUGACCCUUUUGUAAUUUUUCAUAUCCGGCUUUCCACCUUAGUAAAUGCAAAAUUCGCAUACUAAAAAUGGAACGAGAUUAAACAAAUU